CAUGACGAAGCUCAGCCUCUUCUCUAACGUCGCUAACCGUAGUCACUCGCCUCAUCGACCAACAGCAACCCGUGUCCAUCAGCAGACUCAACGAAUCACCCAUGACAGAGGCACUGAUUCACAGCCCAUGUACCUUGCAUGUCUAACUCUCUAUGGACCACUGCUACACCUCCCUCCAGCAUGACCCAUUUUAAGUGACACCAGACCGCCGAGCCCACUACGUCGUUGUAGGCAAUGAACCGCUGCGUGCAGCCGCAUGACUGAAGCAUCAGUGGUCACUCGUAGUGCACACCAUCAAGGAAAGUGGGCUGUGACCAGGUCGCCGCCUUCGAAAAGAGAGAGAGAGGAAGAGAAGCGAGAAACACAUGGACGGUUUCCUGCUUCAGCAGCGACGUUUGCGUUGCAUGCACCAUGCACCUUCCUUGACUUGUGCUGAAACUCGCUGCACAAAAACCAACUACUUAACCUCAACUUCCCUCCCACUCUCCUCUCUAUCCAAGUCCUUUCAUCCAUUGCAACUCUACCUACUCAUUCCAUCUCUACUCACUUCAAGCCUGUUCAGAUCGAACCCUCACAACAAUUCGCACUUCACCCAACAUGGCUUCUAUCGCUCGAGUUCCCAUCCAACGCAACCCUCACUACAAGAGAAACGGUCUCAAGUCCUACGUCUAUCUGCUUAACAAGUACAAUUUCGUUCCCAGCCUCCGCGGUCCCUAUUCUGCGAUCCGUGGCAGAAAGGCCCUUUUCAAACAAAACGCAGAUGGAACUCAGGGUGAAGUGUACGUUCUCAGACCGGGAAUCUAGUGUCGUUGCUGAACAUCGCCACAGUCCGGCUACUGAUCAACAGAAUGACUCUCUCUACACCUGCCCAGUCAACAUCGGCACACCAGCUCAGACCUUGAACUUGGACUUCGACUCGGGAUCCUCGGACCUUUGGUGCUGGUCUACUGAAUUGCCGGCCAGCACUCGCUCCGCAGGCAAAGGCCAUACCAUCUUCGACCCGUCCAAGUCUUCGACAUUCAAGAACCAGUCACAGUCAACCUGGCAGAUUCAGUACGGAGAUCAGUCGUCGGCUUCAGGUACUGUCGGCACCGACAAUGUCCAAAUUGGUAGCAUCACCGUCAAGGCUCAAGCAAUUGAACUUGCCAACAAGUUGUCCUCGCAAUUCACCCAAGAUGCCUCGUCAGAUGGCCUUCUCGGUCUGGCCUUCGGUUCCAUCAACACGGUGCAACCAACUCCUGUCAAGACCCCGGUGGAAAACAUGAUUGCUCAGGACGACAUCCCUCAAAACGCGGAACUCUUCACGUGCUACCUCGGAUCCAUCAAAGAUGCCAAUGAAGAAUCGUUCUAUACCUUUGGCGAGAUCGAUCAGUCCGUUGUCCCAUCUGGUUCUCAGGUUGCCUACACCCCGGUCGACAAUUCUCAAGGCUUUUGGAUGUUCGACUCGACCUCCGCAAAGGUCAAUGGCAGAACCAUCCAGCUUUCGGGCAACAAGGCCAUCGCCGACACCGGUACCACUCUUCUCCUCACCUCCGACGAAGUGUGUCAGGCCGUCUACUCGGCAAUCCCCGGUGCCAAGCAGGACCCCAGCCAGCAAGGUUGGGUGUUCCCGGCCGACACCGCCGAGUCUGACCUCCCUACCGUCACCUUCAUGGUUGGAAACACUCCGAUCACGAUCGAGAAGCAACACCUCGCGUUCGCAGGUGGGCUCGAGGGCAACAUGGCGUACGGUGGAAUUCAAUCUCGUGGUGACCUGACCUUUGAUAUCCUUGGAGAUACUUUCUUGCAAAAUGUCUAUGCUGUCUUUGACGUCGGAAACACCCAGUUCGGCGUGGUGCAGCGGGCUCCACCAAGCACUAGCUAGGGUCGCUGUGGGCUAGGGGGCUGCUGGACAUGAUGGUCAUGAUGGUCAUGACUGGUAUCAAGCAGGUCAUCAACAGUAUCAUUGACUUUUGAAAGAAUUGAUAGAUCGGUAAAAAGAUGCUGAUUAAUGGCGUUCGGAGUCAGCUUAGCAAUGAGCGGGGAACGUGGUUGUGACGAACAUCGGCCGGAGGACGGAUAUCAUGAACGGUCUGCCUGGGAGAAGGACAUUCUUUUUAUGAUUAUGGAUAUUAUUAUCACCUGUAACGAGAC